AUGGAAGAACUUAAGUGGAGCAUAACUAGCACAAGGACCCCAUAUGUUCUUGGGAUGGAAGAACUUAAGUGGAGCAUAACUAGCACAAGGACCCCAUAUGUUCUAGGGAUGGAAGAACUUAAGUGGAGCAUAACUAGCACAAGGACCCCAUAUGUUCUAGGGAUGGAAGAACUUAAGUGGAGCAUAACUAGCACAAGGACCCCAUAUGUUCUAGGGAUGGAAGAACUUAAGUGGAGCAUAACUAGCACAAGGACCCCAUAUGUUCUAGGGAUAGAAGAACUUAAGUGGAGCAUAACUAGCACAAGGACCCCAUAUGUUCUAGGGAUGGAAGAAUUUAAGUGGAGCAUAACUAGCACAAGGACCCCAUAUGUUCUAGGGAUGGCAGAACUUAAGUGGAGCAUAACUAGCACAAGGACCCCAUAUGUUCUAGGGAUGGAAGAAUUUAAGUGGAGAAUAACUAGGACAAGGACCCCAUAUGUUCUACGGAUGGCAGAACUUAAGUGGAGCAUAACUAGCACAAGGACCCCAUAUGUUCAAGGGAUGGAAGAACUUAAGUGGAGCAUAACUAGCACAAGGACCCCAUAUGUUCUAGGGAUGGCAGAACUUAAGUGGAGCAUAACUAACACAAGGCCCCCAUAUGUUCUAGGGAUGGAAGAACUUAAGUGGACCAUAACUAGCACAAGGACCCCAUAUGUUUUAGAGAUGGCAGAACUUAAGUGGAGCAUAACUAGCACAAGGACCCCAUAUGUUCUAGGGAUGGAAGAACUUAAGUGGAGCAUAACUAGCACAAGGACCCCAUAUGUUCUAGGGAUGGAAGAACUUAAGUGGAGCAUAACUAGCACAAGGACCCCAUAUGUUCUAGGGAUGGAAGAACUUAAGUGGAGCAUAACUAGCACAAGGACCCCAGACCCCAUAUGUUCUAGGGAUGGAAGAAUUUAA